AUGAAGAUCACGGAGUCGGUGGCUAAUGGAGAUGAGGUGGAUGUGAUAAGGAGCUGCUUCUCAAUACCCGCGAACAACAUGUCUGGCGGCUCCCACGUCUCAAGAGGGACAUUUGGAGACUCGGAGAUGUCUGGAAGCAGUGCCCCGCCUCUUCCCAGUCCGGCGUCUGCAAGUGCCGCCCUGGUGUCUCCAGAGACCCUCAGCAGACAUAGCAGUCCACCACCUAUACCAGCUCAUCCUUCAUGCCAGCCAGCACCGUCGUGUUCUUCUCAUCAUGUUCAUAUAGAAUCGCCUUUAAGGUUGCCAAGUCCACCAUCUCUCGGUACUUCACUAUCGCUGCAGCCAGUGUUGUAUGGGCAAUCAGAUGGCGGGUCACCGCGACCGCCGCUGCCACCCGCCCGGCGACCCUCUCGCCCCGCUAACGCUAUACCUAGUAUGCAUAUAAUUAGCGCGUAA